GUCGUGCUCGCCCCACCUCUUUGCUCGGACAGAGAGGGCUCUUUCCAGAGGACCGGACCUCCUCGCCUGGUCCUGAGUGGAGUCCUCGCACCCGGUGCCUGCUGGUCUCGAGAACCUAUCUAGUUGACACCGGUCGGCAGGUGUGCUCUGCUGGUUAGGUUUCUUCUUCAGCUAGGGGAACAGUUGCCGUCAGCGACAUUCUGUGCCUAUGGGCGCUCCAGGUCCUGGUUUUCCAGUCCUGCCGGAAUCGUCCCGGCUUCGCUGACCCUCAACUCUGUCUCUGCUUGUCGUGGGUGCUCCUGGCCGUUUGUUUUUUGCCGGGAGUGUGCGGACUAGACAUCUUUCUGGCUCUCAGUUGGCAAGGCACUGGUCUCCAGGGAGCGGCUUUGUGUGUGGUGGGAUCCAGGGUCCUCAGCCAUGGCUUUCACUUUCGCUGCUUUCUGCUACAUGCUGUCUCUGGUGCUCUGUGCUGCGCUCAUCUUCUUCGCUAUCUGGCACAUAAUCGCCUUUGAUGAGUUAAGAACGGAUUUCAAGAGUCCCAUAGACCAGUGUAAUCCUGUUCAUGCGAGGGAGCGGCUGAGGAACAUCGAGCGCAUCUGCUUCCUUCUGAGAAAGCUGGUGCUGCCAGAGUACUCUAUCCACAGCCUCUUCUGCAUCAUGUUCCUGUGUGCUCAGGAGUGGCUCACCCUGGGGCUCAAUGUUCCUCUGCUUUUCUAUCACUUCUGGAGGUAUUUCCACUGUCCAGCAGAUAGCUCAGAGCUAGCCUACGACCCACCAGUUGUCAUGAAUGCUGACACCUUGAGCUACUGCCAGAAGGAGGCCUGGUGUAAGCUGGCCUUCUACCUCCUCUCCUUCUUCUACUACUUGUACUGCAUGAUUUACACCUUAGUGAGCUCCUAACUCAGACCCUGCUGAUGGAGAGGCCAAGGCUGGGAACCACUGCUGCUGUGGCUGGAGGAGCAUCAGACAGGGAUGACGGAGAGACCCAGCUGGCAGAGACUGAAUGGAAGAAAUGGGAGUCACACAGCAUACAGGGCCAUGCUACCCACUUGUGUGUUUCUGCCUUUGCCUUUCACCUGCAUGGGUUGCAGAGCCCCUCUGAGCGUGGAGGUGCC